GGCGGAGGCGGGGGCGGAGGAGAGGGCGAGUGGCAAAGCCAAGAGGGAGCCCAAGGAGAAGGAGGCGAGGGGCAGGCCGAAGAAGGGGCCGCAGCGGGCGGCGGCAGAGCCGCAGGAGGCGCGCGAGCCGCAGGGCCUUCUCAGCUCCGCGGCGGGAGCCCCUCCGCCAGCGCAGGGGCCCGCGGCGCUGGUCGCAGCCCAGCAGGAGGAGGAGGAGGAGGAGGAGGAGGAGGGGGGGCUCGGCGGCGGCGGAGCGAGCCCGUCGGCCAGCGCUGCGGCGCAGGACCCUACACUGGGCGCGGACGGCAUGGCUGGCGGCGGCUGCGCGAUAGGCUCAGCGGCCCAGGACGGCACGCGGGCUGCUGCCGACGUAGCUGGGAUCGACAUCACCUUCUCUGUCGCCGCGGACGUCGAGCCCGGCGUUUCGGUCCGUGUGGUAGGUUCCGCUGACGCCUUGGGGCGUUGGGAGCCAGAGCAGGGAGUGCGCAUGCACGCGGUUCGGAGCACCUCUGGCACCUUUUGGUCCGCCACGGCGAGGUUACCUGGGGGAAGCGAGUCCCUGGGCAGCGUGGAGUACAAGUUUGUGAAGGUGCUCCACAACGGCGACGUCACGUGGGAGGGCUGCGGUAACAGGAAGGUGUCUGUCACCGACCUUUGUGCGGCCAGGGCGGCAGCGCCAAUGUUCGGCGAGGACCCUGGCCACACUGGCGGCGCGCGUCGAGCGAGCAUGGGGCAUUCGGAGGCGGUCGCUGGAGACGCAGAGGAGUUCCACGAGGCAGUGGAGGAUACCGCCGGCAACGACAGCGACGAGGCCCCAGAUGAAUGGGCCGGGCCAGAGGAGGAGGGCGCCCAGGUGGACGAGGAGGGUCGAAGGGUGGCGCAGGCGCCGCCAGGCACGGAAAAGCAACCCGAAGGAAAAAAGGGCUGGUUUGGCUGGUGGAAGUAAUUGUCAGUUGGGGUGUUGCUGUGGAUCGCAUCGGCCCAUGCAGCGGUACAUGGUAGCACGCUGGAUGGCCAUGGGGUGAUGGCGCGUAGACAAGACGAUGUUGUAAAGAACUCGCGGAGCGAUGUACGCCAGCAAGCACAGCUUUGACAGGUUGCAGGUGUAAGCAACACAAUCGUCGUCAUCAUGAUCACAUACUGCUGACAGACGACUGUGCCAUUCCUUGUGCCCGCUCAUGUUUCUUUGUGGCAAUUCGGCUCCACCUCCUCCCCAUGCUCUUCCCCUCUCUCCUCCUCUCUCUUUUCUCC